UGUGGGCCCAUCAAUAAAAUGGGGAGGAGUAAUAUUGGUUUUUUGUGUUUACUAUUUGUGGUUUACUUGUCUUCGGUGGUGAACAGCAUCCACGACGACGACGACGACACCGUUGUUAUUGAAGCUGAACCAGAAGGAACAACCGAGCUGAAACGUAGCACCAGACAACUCUUCCUCCAAGGACCAGCACUACCUCUUCAAGCGUACUCCCCGUAUUUGGUGGCUGAACAGCAGCAGCAACAGCAACAGCAGCAGCAGGAUUGGACCACAAAUCCGUUGUCGACGGGUCCGUGCAUCACCAGCAAAGGGCUACUUGGAAAAUGCACGUCUUUCAGGCAAUGCUACCCUUAUUUCAAAAUCCCAGAUCUGACCAGCUGGGACAGUUGGGUGCUUGGAAUGUACGAUGCUUGCAGCUAUUACACUGCCCAAGGAAGACAAAUGUUUGGAGUGUGUUGCACCAAUCCCGGCACACCUAGCGAUGACCCAAAACCGGAGGGCUCCACCGAAGAGCCGAUCAUCGAGAACGUCGAAUUUCCCGAGGAAAACGAACCAGGAAGUGAGUCGGCCAAGAGACCCAACUACCAAGUGGUAUCCAACUGGCCGCCACCACUCCCAACCCAUCCACCACACCACACAAUCCCACCACUACCAACCCAUCCACCAAGCGGCAUAGUUACCGAAAUUGCCUCAUCCUGGUACCCCAGCCUACCCACCAAAAAGCCCACCAAACCAUCCACCAAACCUCCGGCACAAGCCACCGAAGCCCCCGUAAUCGGAGGCGGCUCCUGCGGCGCCAAGAACGGCUUCCAGGACCAGGAGAGGAUCGUCGGCGGUCACAACGCGGACGUGAACGAAUGGCCCUGGAUCGCCGCCCUUUUCAACGGCGGCAGGCAAUUCUGCGGCGGAUCGUUGAUCGACGACAUCCACAUUCUUUCGGCCGCCCAUUGCGUCGCCCACAUGAGCUCCUGGGAUGUGGCCCGUCUGACGGUGCGUUUGGGCGACCACAACAUAAAGACCCACACAGAAACGAGACACAUCGAAAAACGAGUGAAACGAGUGGUCAGACAUAGGGGCUUCGAUUCGCGGACAUUGUAUAAUGACAUCGCCAUAUUGACGCUGGAUAGUCCGGUGGAAUUCACGAAGAACAUCAGACCAGUCUGUCUACCUUCUUCGGGUAGGGACUUUGCCGGACAAACUGGUACGGUCAUCGGAUGGGGAAGCUUAAGAGAAAGUGGUCCACAACCUGCGAUCCUCCAAGAAGUGAACAUCCCGAUCUGGUCCAACAGAGACUGCAGACAAAAGUACGGUCACGCAGCCCCCGGCGGUAUCGUCGAUCAUAUGCUGUGCGCCGGCCAGGCGAGCAAAGAUUCCUGCAGUGGUGACAGCGGUGGUCCGUUGAUGGUGAACUCAGGGAAGUGGACUCAGGUCGGCGUCGUAUCGUGGGGCAUUGGCUGCGGCAAGGGACAGUAUCCGGGUGUGUACACCAGGGUAGAGAAGUUCUUACCUUGGAUCACUAAAAAUAUCAAAUGAUUCGUUCCAGUUUAAAUAAUAAAUGUUCGUAUAGGCUGAUAUUUUUAGAUUAAAAUAACUUUAGGUAAUAAAUAUAACUGUUUGCCAUAUAAAUUAUAAUUAAUUGUAUCAGUACUAUUUAUUAU